CCCGUCCUCUCUUCCACCAUGCAGACAGACAGAGGCCACUCUCAAAAACCUCACUCACAUGAUUCCCAGCCCAAUUCGUCAGUCUCAGUUCCUCUUCUUCCUUCCUCCCUCCCUAAAGACUAAAGUAAGAGGUAGCCAAUCCACUGCAUUAUCAAAUUAGUAAACGAUGAUACAUGGCAAUCGAGGAUAUCUCUCUAUUAAGUCAAUGAAAGCCAAUCAACAGAAGAGACAAAUUAUACUCGAGAACGGGAACCUGAUCUGAGGGAGUUUUCUCACCCUUCCUCUCACUCUUUCUUUUGUUUUUUUUUCUUUUCCUUUUUUUUUUUCUGUUUGUUUUAGCUUUCUUCUUCGUAUGAAAUGGAAAAUCAUCAAAUAGCUUGUCCUCGAGAGACCGGCAGCAAUGGAGCAGCUCCGCCGGCGUCGGCGCCUCUUCCUCCUAAAGUACCUGUCCUGAAAUCUUGUGAGCCCAGUCCGUAUCAGACGACCUUCGUCCAGGCGGACGCCUCGUCCUUCAAGCAAGUAGUUCAGAUGCUCACAGGGACGGCCGAGACCGCCGCCGCCGCCGUCGCGACGUCUCAGAAACAACCGGUUGCUCCGGGAUUUAAGGCCACUGGGCUAAAGAAGCCCGCUUUCAAGCUCUACGAGCGGAGGAGCGGCCUGCGGAACCUCAGCCACCUCAGUCCCCUCGCGCUGACGAUCUCUCAGUCGAGUCCCGGCUCCCCCGUCGGCGGCGCCGCCGCCGGCCUCUCGCCCCGCAGGCAGCCGGAGAUCGUGUCGCCGAGCAUGCUGGAUUUCCCGUCGCUGGCACUAAGCCCGGUGACGCCCCUGAGCCCUGAUCCCUUCAACCGGACGCCGCACCCCAACUCGGAGGCGGGUAAGUGGGCGGAGGACCGGGCGAUCGCAGAGAAAGGGUUCUACCUGCACCCGUCGCCCAGGGCACUGUCGACGGCGGCGGAGCCUCCCCAGUUGCUGCCCUUGUUUCCUGUCACAUCUCCCAAGUUCUCCUCUGACUUAUCUCUUUCAGUGCCUCCUCAAUCUUUCGCCGGCAAUGUUUGAUAUGAUAAAUUGUAGCAUGCUGCAAAUCAAAAUCUUUCUUUUGCACGUGAAAGAGAUAGCAGAAAAUUUCUCAGAUCA